AUGCUACCAAGUAUUUGGGAUCUGAGACUAUCCUAUAUGUCAUUUUGUAGCCCAUUAAAUUCUCUGUCGAAUGGUCGAUAUGGAAGCAGCGUGCGAGUUCAUUCGAAAAAUGAGAAAAACAUUUCUAUCAAACGUUACGUUGAUAAUGUUCUCGGUGGUAAUGAGAAAGAAGGUGUUACGCUCGGUGAUCUAAGUUUGGUCGCUGGCGAAGAUGUGGCUGAACUUGUUAUGUGUUAUUACAAAAAUCGUUUUGUUGGUGCUACACGAACGGUGCAUGCAGGGUUAAGUUGCUGGCAGUUGAGCAAAAUAUUUGCGGAGAACGGUAAUCCGAAAAUUAUUCAGACAGAUUGUGGAAUAGAAUUUCUCGAUGCGUUGACUGAAUUAUGCAAAGAACGAGGCUUGUGUCAAAUCCGAAGUAGUGCAUAUCAUCCUGAAUCACAGGGAAAAUGUGAAGGAUUUUACCAAGCUACGAAUGGACGUCAUCGAGAACUCGCUGUACCCGCACUUGAGAAAAACGCACAAAAGAAAAGCGGAACAAAAUUAGUGAUUGCCUAUCGCCUUCAUUGUGAACCAGGGACGUUGGAUAUCAUUGAACUAGUUCGAAAUGGAGAUUUUGGAGAUCCUACAAUUUUCUCAUUAACAUUUAUCGAAAGAAAAUCAUCGAGCGGAAUUAGCGCUGUUCGAAAUCUAUAUGGUAUGGAACCAAUUGAAGUUUCAGCUAUUGGCUUAAAAGCUCCUAGUUCUACGAGAAGUUUAUAG